AUGCCUUUCACGAUGAAGAUUCAACCAAUCGAUUCUCACGUCGCUGCAGAGGGGACUAGGCAUGAGCCGGUCAAGCCAGUUCUCAAGUCGCGCUUAAAUUUAAAGCGGCUUUUCGAGCGCCAGUUCUCCGGCGUUCUCAGGAAUUCAGCGGCGGACAAGAUCGCCGGGGAGGAGCAGCAUUUCGGCAAGGACGGCUCGAACAAAGGCUCCAUUGAUCUCGAACCGAGCUCGGUGUGUCUAGCGAAAAUGGUGCAGAAUUUCAUGGAAGAGAAUCACGAGAAGCACUCAGUUUCCGUCAGGAGUGGACGUAACCGCUGCAACUUCUUCAACGGGAACUGCGACGAUAGUUCAGACGCCGAAUCACACGCGCUUGGUGGUUUCGGCGAGUCCACCUAUUCUUCCUCCGGUGAAGCUUCCGAAAUCCUUAAGGGUUUGGUGGCAUGUGCGAGUGUUUGUGAAAGGAAUUUGCUAGCGGACACAACUAAGAUCGUUGAUAAUAACAAAACGAUGUGCAAGCGCAAAGAAGAUUGCAGAAAGAUCGUUACCGAGGGUUUGUUGGCUCUCGGAUACGAUGCUUCACUCUGCAAAUCUCGCUGGGAAAAAACCCCUUUCUCUCCAGCUGGAGACUAUGAAUACAUUGAUGUGAUAAUCGGAAAGGAGAGGGUGAUAGUGGACGUUGACUUCAGAUCAGAAUUCGAGAUUGCUCGAUCGACCAAGACGUACAAGGCGAUCCUCCAAACCCUUCCGUGCGUAUUCGUUGGCAAGUGUGAUCGGCUGCAGAGUAUCGUGGCCAUCGCAUCGGAGGCAGCGAAGCUGAGUCUGGAGAAGAAGGGCAUGCACGUUCCGCCGUGGAGAAAAGUCGAAUUCGUUAGAGCAAAAUGGCUCUCCCCUUACACGCGAACCACAUCGCGUGGUGGUGCUGACGACGAGUUUGAACCGAUCCGUGACGAGUUGGGUGAGUCAAAAUGGAAGCCACCGGAGCUCAAGCCCAAAAUCUCACAGUCUGGGGUUAAGGUCGUUACUGGUUUGGCAGCUGAAUUGCUUGAAAACCCAUGAAAUUUUGAACUCUUUUUUUCUUUUUUUCCGGCUUUUUAUUUGAUGUAAAAUUUUUAAUUCUCUAGAAAGAAUGAGGAUUCAAAGCUUGU